CUUGUACAUUCAGAUAGUAAUUAUGCAUAAUAUUUCAAAUGACAACCAUUUGUUUCGAAAGAAUCCUUUAAAAAUACAGGAAGCUUACCAAGACGAGAAUUCAUAAAAUACUUCAAUAUUUCGUUAUCUAUGUGUCAAAUUCUUAUAUAAGUUAUAUCUAACAUCUUUUAUCCUUUAUAUAAAGUACACCUAUCAAGGAAUCAAAUCUUACUUAGAACAGCCAUGCGAACAAAUUUAAAAAACUCGUAAGUUGUGAUAAUUUAAAAAAUUUUAUUAUGAAGACUGAAAGUGGACACACGGCAUCUAUACACAGAAUGAAAAUAUUUCUGUUUCACUUCAUGAAUUCAGGAAUCUUAAUUUAAUUAACAAGAUACAAAAGAAGUAUGCACAUUUCUCUGUGGUGCGACAAUGCACUUUGUGUAAACAGCUUAACCACAAAGAGAGCAAGAGAAUAAAGAGAGGCAUGCGCAGUGCUGUCAAAUACCAUUUAAGCUCGUACGAUCUCAGCUUGUAGAGGGGAGGAAUUGAGGAGCGAGAGAAUGAAAUGACGGGAGUAACGUGAAAUUCUCAGUGUCAGUGGAGCCCAAGCUGGCGAAGGUUUUAUCGUAUACCACGCAUCUCACAUAAACAUAAUUAAUCUUCUACGAAAUAAUAAUCAAGUGAAUGGCAAUGCAAUAUAGUGCAUCGUGAACGUCUUAAAAGAGCUUUCGGACGGGACAUUCAGUCAGGGUUCUACACAUCGUAAUGGAUUAUAUAUAGGAGUUUUGUGCAUCCAUCUAUACAAACUAAUUACUUGUAAAGAACAAAGGACGAUCAAAGUAAUACCAAGUACGAAAAGAUGAGAAGAGUUUACACCGUUGCAUGCCUGUUGUUCCUUUGCAUGAUAUGGGGUGCAACAGGAAUAAACUACGACACUACUGUAAUCGAUCAAAUACGAAACGAACUACUGAGAUUAGAGAAAUCAUUGGAAAGAGACUUGUUUGAUCCGAGGCUGAACGUGUUCGAAGGUCGCGAGCAGGAGAAAUAUAUGUGGCUGAUAAAAAGCUUCAAAAAUUUCGGUGACGAGUUAGAGAGCAAUUACUCGAGUAACGGGUACGAGAAUUUGAAUGCAUUGAGCUCCAUUUGGCUGUGGGCUCGAACCGAGAGCGAGCUAAAAGCAGUCGAUGGCUUGUAUCGUGUGUUUCGGUUAAUGCAAAGGGAAAUCAUCACUGGAAACGCUCCUCUUGAAUUAUCAAAACUGAAUGAUUUCUUAAAUAUCAUUCUGCAUGAUCCAAACGCGUCGAUCGUGCGAACAUUGGAGCGCAUCAGCAAUUUAAUAGUGCAGGAAAAAUUGUUCGUGUCGGCUUAUCAGGAAGCUUCCUCGCAGAUUUGCAAUGAGAAGCAGUCGCUUCAACAAUUGCUGUAUAAUUUAUAUACAACAGUAACUUUGACAGAGAUCAAAGGUUACAGCAUGAUCCAAUUUUCUUAUAAAAUGCUACGACUGUAUAAUCCAGGUAGUAAUUUCACCGAGGAAAUGAAUAUAGUGAAGCAGCAGUACGAGAAAAGAACGAUGGAAACUUUGCGAGCUGUAAAAACGGCCAUGGCCUUUGCUCCACGACAACUUUGGAGAUGCGACGCGAGAAAACAUAAAUUAGAUGAAACUUAUACGACGUUACGACAAUUGUUCCAAGGAUAUAUCGUAAAUGAGGUGGAUUUAAAUGCAGAUGCAACGUGCAGAGAAAAUUGUGCCUAUUACGAGUACACGAAAGUUUAUGGCUGUUAUAAAGAUCAAUUUUGCUCUCAGCAACGCAAAUGCAAUGGUAGAGUGUUAAAGUGCGAAUACGUCGAUUCCGAUAUGUGGAUUUGCCCUUCGGCAAAGAACAGCGAUCGGAGGUACGAGUACAUAGAAUAUGAAAGUGGUCGGUUAAUGGGGCAAAAGGGUACUUGCAGUAAGCCUAUAACAAAAGUCGAUAGCUGGUGGCGUUGGUUGUUCUGGCACUGCAGUUACUGUUUCUGUUACUGCGAUGAUAGUAACAUUAAUUCUGACAGAUACUUCAGCUUGCGAAAAGUUGUAUCUGACGUAGCGAACAACAAAGUCAUAACAGGUAUCCGGUUUAAGAAAGUGAAUAAAAUAAUACAUAUUCAAAUACAGGAAGGUGAACUGAUGCCACAUGGAACUAUCAAUAGGGCCACUGUUGAAUGGAAACCGAUCGAAGAAUUUCAUAUAUUAGAUAAUAAUGUAACUAAUGGAGUAGACUAUCACACUCUGUCAUGGGAGAAACGAGGCUUGGAUCUAGAUGAUUUAAGUCUCGAUCAAAAUUAUCUAUUGACAGGUGUCAAAUUUCGAGUGAUUGGUGCGCGAUUAAAUUUAGAAGCAAGAAUGACGCAUUUCAAUUUCACAACUGGAAAACUGACACGACCAUUGGAGAGAAGUUUCUGGAUCAGUCACGAUAAAACCGAAAGAUCGGAAUUGAAGUUAGACAAUCCUGAUAUACCAACUCGAGCACCGCUUAUGACAUUACCGGAUUCGAAGUCGGAACAUCAAUACCUAAAUUUUGCGCCCAGCGAUCGAAAAACUGAUGCAGCACAAAAUACAAUACCAUUCCUCGACAUUCAACCGGUAGAAUCAAACCCACCGAUUCCGAUCGCAGGUGCUGGCGUUUUUCAUAAAGGCCGAUCAGGAUCGGGAGGAUUCGUUGCAUUAAGAUUGAUUACAUACGAUUUUAGCCCCCACCUGAAGGUUGAUUUAAAUACCAAUGCAGAAUCUUCCAUUGUUGAUAAUUUACAUGAUAUGAUAACAGUAUGAAUGUAAAUUGUUCAUCACUAAUUUUAUUAGUGUAUAGUUCAGUUAAUCAAAUAUUCUUUUUGUAUUUCGAAUCUAUUUUCAUGCACAUUUCAGUAAUUUAGAAUGUAAGUUUAAUUAUAAUUCGAAUAAUUGAGUGAUUAAUAAUGUCACGUAACUUUCUCUAAAACCAAAUUUCUGUCACAUGAUUAUUAUCCGUGCCAUCUUAGCAUUUAUGUAAACGUGUUUUAAAUUACGAUACAAAGAAUAAUAUUCCCUUUUACACCUUUGUACACUAUCUUCAAUUUCAAUUCUUAUUAAACUUCCGGUAUUAAUCUUUAACUAGAGAAAAUCUGUACGUUGCCGCGUUAUUAUGCUGUUAGUUCCAAACAAGCUAAUAUUGUUUAUAACUCGAAUAUUCUUUUAUAUUGCCAUCUUGAUAUUUUAAAACCCUGUGAUCUAUUAUUACUCAAGUUUAAAAUAAAGAUAAAAAAGAUACAUGAAUGUACAUGAAAAAUAAAGCGAAUAUUUACACCGAGAAUGUAAA